CGGCUAGUGUCCGUAGGGUUAAUGCUCGUUGGCUAGUGUCAAGUUAUUGAAGGAAGUAUUUGGAAGCAUAAAAUAUUAAUGUCAUUAUGGGUUUUUUCUUUAAUUUAUAAUUAUUGUUUUAUAUAGCAAUAUUUUUUUAGGGAAUGUUUAAUUGAGUUUCGUGAUUUAAAGAUUUUUUAAAUUCUGUUAAAUAUUAUUUGGUUUUAAAAGUCUGGCAAUAAUGGUACAGUUUAGAAUGGAGUGGUAGUACUGUAAUUGGAAAGGAAAACGUCAUGUGUGUGUUAACGUUGUGUUUGAAAUAGUUUUUAAGGUUAAAAAAUUUUAUAGUAAAUUUGGAUUUGUUAUGAUAACCCUGUACGGCAUUAUCUUCUUGGGAGCGAGGUUAUCUUGGCUGUCGCAAGAGGAGCCUCAAGGUCGCGCACUCUGCAGAGGUUGAAGUGCUGUUUGCCUUCGAAGCAAGCUGCAGGAUGUCGGCUAAUCUGAGCGAGGGGCUGGUGCUCGGGAUGGGCAACCCGCUGCUGGACAUGUCCGCCAGCGUGGAGGAGCAGUUCCUGCAGCAGUACGACCUGAAGCCCAAUGACGCCAUCCUGGCCGCGGAGAAGCACAAGCCGCUGUACGAAGAGCUCGUCCGCGGCCACAAGGUGGACUACACGGCCGGGGGCUCCGUGCAGAACGCGCUGCGCGUCGCGCAGUGGGUGCUGCGCAAGCCGAAGGUGACGGUGUUCUUCGGCAGCGUGGGCGCCGACGAGUACAGCCGCAUCCUGGAGGACCGGGCGCGGGGGCAGGGCGUCGACGUCCACUACCAGUGCCACGCCCACGAGCCCACAGGAAAGUGUGCUGUGUUGAUCACUGAUAACGGCCAUAGUCGCUCCCUCUGUGCCGACCUUGGGGCCGCAAACUGCUUCACCAUCGACCACAUCCGCACUCCUGAGAACAAGAAGCUCAUUCACAACGCCAAGUACUAUUAUGUUUCCGGUUUCUUCCUGACUGUGAGUCCUCCGUCCAUCAUCGAGGUGGCUGAACACGCACACACCAACAACCACUUGUUCAUGAUGAAUCUCAGUGCACCGUUCAUAUCACAGUUCUACAAGGAGCCGUUGAUGAGGGCGAUGCCCUACGUCGACAUCUUAUUUGGCAAUGAAAUGGAAGCAGAAGCAUUCGCAAAGGAGCAGAAUUUCAACACUGAUGACUUUAAAGAGAUUGCUCUGAAGAUAACGCAGCUUCCGAAACAUAAUACUAACAGGAGCAGAAUAGCAGUUCUUACACAUGGUCACCAUCCUGUCGUUAUGGCAAAAGAUGGGGUGGUGACUGAGUUCCCGGUGCCUCAGCUAGCACCCGAGAAGGUGGUGGACACGAAUGGUGCCGGUGAUGCCUUCGUGGGAGGCUUCCUGGCCCAGCUGGUGCUCGGCCGGCCGCCGGAGGCGUGCGUGCGCUGCGGCAUCUGGGCGGCCGCCCAGGUGGUCCAGCGCUCCGGCUGCACCUUCGACAGCAGCGAGACCUUCGUCGAGUGACGCGCCUGGCGGUCGCCGUGAACCAGACACUAGGAUAGUGUCCCUGUUUUGUCAUCUUGGCACUCAAACACACGCCCUACGUUGGUUGUGACCAGCGGGUACUGGAAACAAUUCAGAAAUCAUUAUUAUUAUUAUUUGCAAUGGAACUCUCGCUACAGCCAGAAUGUUCUGUUAACCACAGAUUUGCUGCUGGAAAAGAAUAACACAUUAAAAUGUAUAGAGACAGAAAACAGUACAUUUUAAACCCGUCUUCACCCUUUCAGGACCCUUGAAAAAUACCUUAACAGAGUUGUACUGUAGUUUUUUGUGUAAUGAAAACUUAUUUUUUGUGGCUAUGUUUCACUUACGAUUGUGUUUGUAAUUUAUUUGUGACGAAGCAGAAAUCCAAUGUUUUUAUUGUUAUUUUUUUAGCUUCUGCUAUGUUGAAAUUUAGAAACUACUUACAGGUUGAUGUAAAGUUAUUUUGUUUUUUAUUUACUUUGAAAAACUGUGUAACAACUUAUUUACUUGUUCAUCAAGCAGUGGUUUUGGUACUUUAUUCCUUUGCCCCAUUUUCUGUCAGAAUUAGUCUAUAGUAAGAUACCACUGAGUGGUGCUGUUUUUCAUGUGUUCAGUUGCAUGGGUCCAAUGUUCACUUAACUGUACACUGUAUGACAUUAUUGUAUUACUGUCUAUCAUUUAGCCUUCAAUGUGUUUACAUUUAUUUUAUAUUUUAAAAUUUAAUAGUUUACCUAUCCCUCACUUAGUACGUCCUCAGAUUGCACGGAUUCAUUUAGUGCAAUGUUAAUUUUAUUGCCCCAGUCUUGAAUAGCACGUCUGUAAAUUUCAGCUAACGCGAAAUCUCCACAGGCAAAAAAAAAGUCGGGCAUGACGCCAUGAAGUCUGUUUCAACUUCUGUAAACAACAGAUGUUCCGUGGGAUACAGUUAGCCAAAUAAGGGAAGCACGGAUGCGCGCACAGGUCUGACUACGCUAUCGGCUGUUGUACAAAAAUCAACUAUGGCAAGUUAAAUUGCUGCUAUGGAGUGUAAAGGACCAAAUUUUUUUACGUCCACGUGUAUGCUGCCGUGCCAUGCCGUUGUCGCCUGGCCACAAUCCAGGCCGUGAACUCAGUCUAGCCAGUGGCAGGGAAUUCACACAAACAAAAGCAACGUCUGCCCAUUCAGCUGCCAGUAACUGUACAUGCUUAAUACUCAUGUCAUAAUGCAUCAUGUUCAAGUAUUUGAGACCAAACUAGAAGUAUUACGGCAUGCAGAUUGACAUGAAGGCAACACUUAUGUUGGUCGCACUUCAGUUCUAAGCAAGUCAACUGUGCACACAAUUUUCUUUUAAAGACUUUUUAUACGUUAUAACCUUUAUCUGUUAGUCUGCGUCGCCGCAGUGUACUGUUUAUAAAAAUGUAGCCACCGCUAGUUGGCAUCAUUCAUGGUUGGCUAUAUUGCUUCCCGUACAGAGCACGCACACGUAGUCGAAUGAAUAUCGAUAUUGAUAUCUCGCCGAUUACAUGCAAUGCGCACUCUCUGUCUUGUGCUGAGUUUACUACAAUUGAUAGCCCCCACUAUUUCAUGGUAUAUAUUACAACGAUAGUCAUGCGUUAGUUCAGGCUCACAUUUAGGUCACAGAUUUUGUUUUUCUAUUUAAAGUUGAGGAAAGGUUUUUGUUGCAUGACUUAUUAAUUUAAAUUGUUUGGCGUGCUUUUUUAUACUCUACUUUUUAAAUAAACCUACUUUCCAUGAAUGGGUAUGUUUUUAUGAAGAACUCUACCUAACAGAAAUUUUUUUUUUUCACAUAAAUAUCGCACCCCUGCUUAUGAAACUUGCUCUUAUUAUAAAUUGUGCGACGAUUAUGCGAUAAGACACGAUAAGCACUUUAAUUUUUGAAAAAUAAAUCGGUUUCACUUUCAGUAAAGAAUGGGUUGGAAAGAUACAUGACGUGAGUUGAAGGUCACGCCCGGGCGGGUAAGUUAGCCAGCCGACUGACGAUGAAGUACAUAACCACGUAUCUCCCGUUACGCUGUGUCGUAUUUAUCAUUAAGUGUUAUUCUACUCAUUUAUAUUACGUAAAGUAUAUUUUCCUAGACAAUUUUGGAACACAUUAACAGACCUGCCAACUCUCACGAUUUUGGUGUGAGGCUCACGAUUUUAAGGUCCAUCUCACGCCCUCACGCCAAAAUAGUGUUUCCUCACGAUUUUUCGGGGCCCCAAGAUUUUGUUUGUAAAAGUUACAAAACAAGUUUUACGAAAGCUAACAGUAACGAGUUUCCAUCAAUACUCGAGUCACGUAAAGGAAGCAAUUUUGCGUUUUGUAGCGUGUGCCGUGCUGAUUUUUCUAUCUCGCAUAGUUGAAGAGGAGACAUUGUGAAACAUGUCGCUACAAAAAAACACAACUAACACAUGAAGUGUAUUGCUUCCAAUAAAAAAAAUAAUUUGGCUGUGAACAGUGAUAAUAGUGUUACACGAGCAGAAUGUUAUUUUACAUCUUUUAUAGUUGCGGCCCUGCAUGAUCACUACACGACAGCGCUAAAUUAUGUUCAACUAAAUUAAAUCUGCAACCUAUAAUUUGUUUAAAUAAAUUUUGAAGCAGAGACCAUGUAACAUAUGUACAGGUAUGUCACUUAAAUUUAAAGAUUCUCAUUUGUUGUUUUUUAUAUCUAAUCUGUAUUUAUGGGCCUGAAAAUUUUUAUCGAGGACCUCAUGAUUUUUUAAAUUUGAAUGUUGGCAGGUCUGCAUUAAUUAGCCUUGCUAUUUAUGGAAACUAAAACUUCAGAAUACGCGAUUUCGAAUAACAUGAGCAUUUUUAGGAACGAAUUAGUCGUGCUAAGUGAGGGAUAGGUGUACUUUACUGUGCUAACAGUAUAGUGAAAUCUCAUUACAACAUAUGUGAAAAUCAUCACAGUAAUGGUCUUACUCUUAAUGAAAGUAUAUGUACUUGCCUUCAAUCUAAUGCCCUAAUUCAUUCCAGGAAAAUAGAGUGCUAUUAAAAACAGCUCUAAUCAACUAAUUUAUUUUUUUCCAAAGAGUGUAUGUUAAAAUAUAUUAUAUAUAAAAAUAUAUAAUUUGUUCAUUGAAGCACUAAUUUAACUAAAAUUGUUUUCCGACCAUUGAAGUUUGUUUGUUGACUACCAUUUCAAUCAAGAUACUGUACUUGUUAAAAUCAAUUUACUGUAUUAAUUAUUUGUCUAAAUCAUUUAAAAUAUGUUUAUAUAAACAUUUGGGCUACAGUUUGAGAAUAAAAUACAAUGUUACAAAAUUCAUGAGCCACAUUUUUUGACAUAUGUCAUAGGCAUAACAUUUUGUAACAAAGUAUGUGCUAACAACAUUUAUGAGAUGCAAAAAAAAAUUUAUAUUAUUAAUACAGAAGUUCUGUUUCAAAGUCUAAUAACAUUAGGGAAACUGAACUUUAUGUUAUCUAAUAAAAAGAAAGAUUAGUUUUAACCUAUUAAUGUAAUUGCUGACUCUUGUUUACUAAAUUACUAAAUGUACAUCUGACAUCAUCACUUGACUCGCUACUCAUGACUUGCACUAGCGCAGCCUGGUAGUCACAAAGUAAUCUUGACUGAAAGCUUUUGACCUUUCUCACCAGAGCUGCAUGUAAGAGUUUCCAUUUGCUUGUUUCUUUUACUAUGAUUUUGAUGAAAUUUUGCACACUUGACCUUUGAAACAAGAUGGAAGGUCACUGUCUGCAUCAGAUUUCGCAACACCCCCCCCCCCUCCCCAAAUCCCUCAUUCAUAUACGUACCUCUUAAAGCAUAAUUGUGGUACUUCUUGAUGUAAUUUUGCUAUUGCAUUGUUGUUGCUUUCAUCAUUACCUGGCAACGGCUAUUGAAUUGUUGAUGCUUCCUUCAUCUAGCAACUGUUAUUGCAUUGUUGGUGCUUUCUUCAUCUCCUAGCAACUGCUAUUGCAUUGUUGAUGCUAUUUUCAUCUUGUGUCAUGAGCAGUGCGAGAGUGUUUUGCCUGUAGACUCCUGUACCAAACACUGGUACAUCAGCUAGUUGUUAGCAUGUUGUAUUAUGUUUAAUUUUACCCACAUGCCAUUGCCAUAGUAAUCGUACAGGAAUUAUAAAUUCAUGUACGUAGAUGAAAAAGUCUCUGCAUUUCUUCAAAUCAUGCCAUAAUUAAUUGCUGUUAUUCAAAACCGUGCAAAUUAAACAGUGAAUGUUUGAGGGGCAGUUUUACUGUGACAUGUUGCUAGUGGUUCUCACGUCUGACCAAUCUACCCAGAUUUAUUCUCAUCGAGAUCAUAUUGAUUUCUAAUUUAUAUGGGUGAUUUAUUUGACAGCAAUAAAGUUUAAAAAAAAUUGACAAACUAAUUUUUAUACUGACCUACUGUCAUUGUAUAAAGACUAGUAAUGGGUUGAAACCCAACUUAGUUGAAUUCGAAUCUCCAAUUUGAAACCCAAAGAGCACUUUGAAUACACCCCUUGAUCUGAAUCGAGGUGACAAGCGGCCAAAAUAAAAUAUUGUACUAGAAAUGAAAAAUAUUAACUAUGGUGCUGAAACAUUUAACCCUUUAAAUGUUUUAUUCAUAACUAUGUUUCCAGAAUCAAAACAUAUAAUUUUAUUUCUAUAAUUACAGCUUAAAAGUACAACAGCUUGGGAAAUGGUAACAGGAUAGGUAUGAAGUAUGGAAUUUAUUUCCUCUAAUAUUUUUCUUCAAUUCAUUUUCCUUGAAUAUCAGAUCCUUCGAAUGCUAAGGAUUUGAUGGUAUUUGGGUUUUUUAUUGGUCCAUCCCUAAUAAAGACACAUGAAAACAAUUUUUCUAAGAUACUUGCUCUGGUGUUGGGUAUUUCAGUCUGCAUAGGCAGUACUGCGUAGUUAUCAGCUCUCAGUUCCCUAUUUUCUGUUACCACUUGAGUAUGCAAAUGUCACAGAAGCAUAUGUGAAUAAUCUCACAGAAGGGAAAUCGCAUGGCAGAUUCUUUGAUACAGGCGUACUCCAUCGUUUGUUGGCUGAAACAACCUUACGACUGAUUGGCUACUCCAUGAUGGUGAACUUGUUCCAUUGUUUAGGUCUGCCAAGUGGCAAGCUUACUUCUCAGCCAGGAUUGGCACAUUGCGUUCUGCCGUGUUGCUGACCAGGAGAAUUUCAUCUUGUGGGCCAGGGAGAGGAUAAAAACACUUCCUGUUGUUUGCUUUUAAAUGCUUUCCUUUUGUUGGUGAAAAUUAUAGAUUAUUUUAGGAUUGGGAAGGGGGGGGGGGGUUA